AUGUCUGAACACCCCUUCCAGAUUCCAGGCCUUGGCCAGGCAAGGCCAAACGAGCAGCUCCCCGCUGACAACUUUGCACCUGAUCUUCUUGUCGCUGCCGCUAGCAUCGUCGGACAGGACGUCCUGGCAGUGAACUCUGCUGACCCUGCGCAAUUGCUUGGAUUGCCCAAGCCAAAGACCGAAGAGAAGAAGGAUGAGAACGCUAUGGAUGUUGAUUCCAAGCAAUCAGACAGCACGCCUGCAAAGGCACAGGAAGACGUCAGCAUGACGAAUCACGGCGACAACAAGCAACAAACUGCCACCGAGAAUCCCACUGCUUCCAACCUCGACUCUCCUCCGAGCCCCGACGUCACUUCUACACUCGAAGCCGCCCUCAAUGGUAUGCUGGAUGCUCCCACCAGUUCGGCAAACAUGACCAACGGCGAUCAAGACGGUGCUCAAGAGGAGGAACACCCUGAGUGGGAAGAGGAUUCGUCGCCAUACGAAUCUUCCUCGGAGUCGAGCUCCGACAGCUCAUCCGAUGAUGAUUCGGAUGACGAAGAUGCGCACCCCGUGUUGGGCGUGGAGGAAACAGUCAGGAUGCUCAUGGCCGGCCUUGACGAGGAAGACGAGGAUGGACCCAACAAAGGAAAAGGAGCUGGCGCGCCAUUGCGGACCAAGAACGAGAUCGUCGAGGAGAUCAUUCCCAAGCCCGAGGUGGUCAUCACCCCCGAAAUGAAGAUUGAGCCUCUGGCUCACGUCGAGUUUAUCGUUGAGAAUACCGUGGUCAUGAAGUCUAGAGUCCCCGGCGAGGUCAAGGUGCUUGACUUGGGUUCGGUUCUUUGCAAGGAAGACAGGACGGUCAUCGGCGCCUUGGCUGAAAUCAUCGGCAAUGUCAAAAGCCCGCUGUACACUUGCGCUUUUGCCAACCAGGACGAGAUCAAGGAGCUUGGCCUGGAGGUCGGCACACAGAUCUUCUACUCCGUUGAACACGCCAACUACGUCUUCACCCAGGAGCUCAAAAAACAAAAGGGCACCGAUGCCAGCAAUCUCCACGACGAAGAAGUCGCUGCUGACGAAAUGGAAUUUUCUGACGACGAGAAGGAGGCCGAAUACAAGAAGCAGCUAAAGAUGAAGAAGCGUGGUGGAAAGGCUGGACGCGGGGGUCUGCGUGAGCAGGUUCUUCGUGACCAGUCUUACGCCCCGAGCACUGCGUAUGCUCCCUCAGCAUCCAGUGCCACCCUCGACCACAGUCCCACAGUAUCCAGCGCUACGCUUAACUACGACGAGGAUGACGAUGGUCCCUACAGGCCUCUCGCUAGGCCCGUAGGCUUUGGUCAGGGAGGGCCGCCCUCACUGCCACCGAAGCCUGAGGUCGGAUUCAACGCGGCACAUGGUGGUCAGGGUCAGCGGGGUGGCUUCAGCCGUGGAAACCGGGGUGAAUUCCGCGGACGUGGCCAGCGCGGAGGAUACCGUGGUGCUGAUCGGAAGCCUGGUGGCCACCGUGGUGGACGUGGUGGUGCUGCCGCCCCGUCCUAUGGAGGCUACGAGAGCACUUCGGCACCUCCUCCAUUCCCCAACCCACAGCUGCCUCCUCCUAUUCCCCCGAAUGCUCAAAUCCCCCCGCCUCCCUUCGGCGCAACCCCAGGAGCAGCACCCCCGAUGCCCGGUGGCCAUUGGCCUCAUAUCCCGAUUCCAUUCCCACCGCCCCCUAUUUCCUUCCCCCGGCCCUCGACCCAAUCACCUGUUCCUCCCCCUCAGCUUGCAGGAGCUUUCAACUUUAACUUUCAGGCGUGGAAUCAGGCUCAGGGCCAACCGUAUCAAUACCCACAACAGUCCUCGUCAUCAUCUGUUUCCGCGCCCCAGCAACAAUCGUCAACUCCCAGCUACCCUCAUCAGGCACCGGCCGUCCCGCCUGUGUGGUCUGGCGUCCCGCCCCCACCCCCUAUCUCUGGCGCAUACGUAAACCCGAACUUCUUCCAACAGCUGCAGGCCCAGCAUGCCCAACAGCCCCAACAGCCCCAACAGCCCCAACAGUCUCAACAACCUCAGCAACAGCAGCAACAGCAGCAGCAGCAGCAGCAGCAGCAGCAGCAGCAGUAUUGGGGACAGCACAACGCAUACGGUCAGGCUCCUAAGUAG